UGCUGCUGCUGGGUCUUGGGGCGAGGGGCGCUGGCGGGGGCUUCCUGCCUGGAGCUCGCCGGCCCCUCCGGGCUCCGCCAUGGCCACCGAAGUGGUCUGUGGCCUCAUCUUCCGACUCCUGCUCCCCAUCUGCCUGGUCACCGCAUGCACAUUCCGCUACAAUGGACUCUCAUUUGUCUACCUCAUCUACCUCCUGCUCAUUCCACUCUUCUCUGAACCAACAAAAACAACAAUGCAAGGGCACACAGGACGGUUGCUAAAAUCCUUAUGUUUCAUGAGUCUAACAUUUCUGCUUCUGCAUAUCAUCUUUCAAAUCACAGUAAAUAGCCUUGAGGCUGCUAACACAAUUGAACCAGGUUAUAACUGUUCAACAUGGGAGAAAACACUACGGCAAAUUGGAUUUGAAAGCACUGCUUCUGAAGGAGGCGAAUUGCCUUUCUCAGAGACAUUUCCAUGUGGCUACACCAAUUUGACAGACUUGAUAUGCCAGCAAUGCCAACAAAUGGCUGGAAAUAAGAAGACAAUCACCCACACAGAUGAGAACCCAGUUGGCCUCAUCAGUAUUGGGUUUAUCCAUCCACAUCUUGAUGAAACAGUGCCUAUAGGAGUCCAUUUUAAUGGCACUGCUACCAAAAAAGCAUGCCUCAGUAUCUACUUCCUCCAUACUGACCACCUCAAUAUUGACCAUAUUGACUCAGUCUUCCUACAGAAUGGGAGCUACAAUGGACAGACACCUAACUCAGGGUUGAUCUCUUGA